GUGGCUGUGGGUGGGCAGGGCACUGGUCCCGCUGUCGGCUCCUGUGACGCCGCUAAUCAAGCUAACACCUCCAUUCACACGCUGCCCACGGACACACACACUCCGCGGGAUGAGUUAGAAGCGGCUCCCCGGGUGCGACAGGUACGUGGCUCUUGUUUCUAUCGCUGACUUCUGUGCCCGGAAGUCGCCAAGACUGCCGGGCUGCGCUUUGUUGAUGCACAGCUAGCUUAGCUUAGCUUGCAGGUCUAACGGGCGGCGGUCUGUCUGCCUGGCGCCGCCGAGGCGCCGGUGGCCGGUCAAUAAAAGCGCCUGUUGGUGGACUGUUAGCAGCCGACACAACGACCUGCGGUGCGGCAGGUUCACUGAGGAGGAGCCGCCGAUUGAGUGCACUGAAACAUGGGUCCUUGCAGUGUCCAUGUCCUGCUGCUGCUGUUGCUGAAGGCCCUGCACACAUCAGCUGAGGGCUCAGAUGGAGAGUUGGUAUGUUUGUGUGAUAGCCCAACAUGCCCUCAGGUCACCCGCUGUCAGGGAACCCGGUGCUUCUCCUCUGUCACAGUGGGCGGCAGCAGGGUGGAGUUUGAGCACGGCUGCCUGAAUGGACCGGAAAAAAUCCUGUUACAUUGCUUCACAGCGCCGUCCUUCCACCAGGCCAUUACCUGCUGCUCUGAGACCAUGUGCAACGGCAACAACACCAGGAGCACUCUCAUGGCUCUGCUUCCAUCAGAAGAUGAACCAGAGGGCGAGCCAGUUCGAUAUCGUGUUGAGACCUUGGCUCUGUUUGUACUCGGCCCAGUGGUGGUUCUGGCUCUGCUCUCUGUGGUAUCGGUACUGGCCUGCAGGAGGCUCCACCACGGCCGUCUGCAGAGGCUGCAGGAAUUUGACACCGAGCAGGGAGCCAUCGACGGCCUCAUCUCCUCCAAUGUGGGAGACAGUACUUUAGCGGACCUGUUGGAUCACUCGUGUACGUCAGGUUCGGGUUCGGGUCUUCCCUUCCUGGUCCAGAGAACUGUGGCCAGGCAGAUCAGUCUGAUGGAGUGUGUAGGUAAGGGCAGAUAUGGAGAGGUGUGGCGAGGUCAGUGGCAGGGUGAGAACGUGGCUGUGAAAAUCUUCUCCUCAAGAGAUGAGAAGUCCUGGUUCAGAGAGACUGAGAUCUACAACACAGUGCUGCUACGACAUGAUAACAUUCUGGGCUUCAUGGCGUCUGACAUGACUUCUCGGAACUCCAGCACGCAGCUGUGGCUCAUCACCCAUUACCAUGAGAACGGCUCGCUUUAUGACUACUUGCAGCGGGUUGCCGUGGAAACCACGGAGGGCCUGGCGAUGGCGGCGUCGAUUGCGUGCGGCCUCGUGCACCUGCACACCGAGAUCUUCGGCACAGAGGGGAAACCGGCCAUCGCCCACCGGGACCUGAAGAGCAAAAACAUCCUGGUCACCAAGGAGCUGCGCUGCUGCAUCGCAGACCUGGGACUGGCUGUGACCCACUUCCAGGCAGACAACGUGCUGGAUGUGGGCAACAAUCCAAAGGUUGGCACCAAGCGCUACAUGGCACCUGAAGUGCUGGACGAGACCAUUCAGACCGACUGCUUUGAUGCUUACAAGAGAGUGGACAUCUGGGCCUUUGGACUGGUGCUGUGGGAAAUAGCCCGACGCACAUACAGCAACGGUAUCGUUGAAGAGUACAAGCCUCCGUUUUAUGAUCAGGUGCCAAACGAUCCCAGCUUUGAUGAAAUGAGGAAGGUGGUGUGUGUAGAGCAGCAGAGGCCUUUCAUUCCCAAUCGCUGGUUCUCUGAUCCUACUCUCUCUGCCCUGGUCAAACUCAUGAAGGAGUGUUGGUACCAGAACCCGUCGGCCAGGCUCACGGCGCUGCGCAUCAAGAAGACCCUGGACAAGAUCCACAGCUCUCUGGAGAAGGGUAAGGAGUUGUGAGAGGGAGGAGCUUCAGAGGCAGAUGCCUGGUGUCAGAAGGGGGGGGGUUCAAGUGUCCUCUAGCUUCAUCCCUCUCUCUUCUCACAUUCUCUUCCUUGCCCUGCGGUUGCCUCCCCCCCUCAACAUCCCUCUCUCUGACUCGAAGCCAAUGCAGAUGUUGGGACUUGCCUUCGCCACAGGACACAAACCUGUUGCCAACAUGUUCACACUGACUUGAACUGAGGACUGUUACUGAGUGUGAACAACACAGACGGCAUAUUGUAGUGAAGCUUUAACGCCCAUUCAGGGGCUGCCCUGGGUUUGGCCUUCUCUCUGUCUCACAAACACACACACGCACAUAAACACACAAAACACAACAUGCUGAGUCGCCUACAAUUCAGGUUCUAACCCCCAGCCACUGGUUCUGGCGUGUUGUCGCGGCAUUCUGCUCAGAGACAAUCGGAAAUGUUUUCACUCAUUUAGCUUUAUCACAACAAGCCAACAAACGCCACAAACACACACCAAGUACACACUACAAAGACACACUAACUGAAGGAAAAAGAGCCAAUAGAAGCAAUUGUUUCUAAACGUAGUUUAAUAUUUAUAUACUGGAGCUCCACUGCUACCACACUACUGAGGAUAUGUAAGACUGAUGAUGCGUGAAAUGGACUGAAUUUAUGUAUAGGCAUCGACACUAAUGAACCUUCUGUACCCAUGUUGUCAUUAAUGAAGCUAGUAGGAAACAGUUUGGUGAGAAGCUGAGGAGAAGAAACACCACAAAUGUUACAUGUUUAUUCUGGUGCUUCCUGGAACAACCAGUAAGCACCUGCCAAUAGGAAUGAUUCUGUGUCUUAUAGUAAGAAGGUGUUUCUCUCUGCCUGACUCUUCAUAAACUCACUGUGUAAUUACAACUAAACGUCUUCUGUCUCAGCAGAGAGGAAUCAAGGAAGACCUGUUUAAUGCUGAGUUGGUGUCUUUUUUUUUUUUUAGCAAGCCAAUGGGGGUGAAGACUUUCUGUAGCGAGCUGGGCCUCAAUUCACUCCUCUCGUUUCCCAUAAUGCAACACUUUACAAGUUACCUGAAUAAUGGGAAAAGACACUCCAUUUUCAUUUGUAAAUCACUUUAUUUAAAAAAGACAGUUACUGAGUUGUGCGGUUACAAACAAACUUGUUCAAAAAAUACUGGGUUUUGUUUUGAAAAAACAAAUGUUGCUUUGUCUUUUUUAUAUGUAAUAAAAUAUUUACUGCAUUCUU